AUGCAAGAUAUCGUCGAAUGGUUGGUAGACAUCAUCAAAAUACAUGAACCACAACUGAGAAUAGAAGUACGACAUCACAAUUUGAAGGAUUGCUAUGCACUAUACUUGACCGCCACCUAUAAAAGCUUGCUGAAAGGUGCCGAGCUUUGCCAUAUCAAGAAGAAUGUGAAGAGCCACUUUGGUGGUGGCCUUCGAGAGUUUUGCUUCGAAGAAGCGCAGUGUUUUGCUGGAAUCGACGGCCGCAACACUUUCUUGACGGAUAUGGAACGAGCGUUUAUUGAAAGGCAUAUGAAAACUAUGUAUCUGUUCUGA